AGUUUGCUUCGGGCAGCCCUGGGGAGGAGUGAGUAGAGGGGAGAAAACACAGCAAGGGACUGACCUGGGGACAAAAAUGGACACUGACUGCAACUUGGAGUAUGAUGAAUCCCCUGAUAUCUCUGUGGAAGGUGAAGAAGAGGAUGAAGAUGAGCCCCAAGAAAGAAACCCACUUUCUAACAGCAGUUUGAAAAACUUUAACCGGAACAGUGGAAGAAGGAAAACAAUGUCACCGGAUACAAUCGACACUGUUCAAAGUGAAGACAAUGGACUGACAUGGGAGACCAGUUCAAGCCGAUGUUCCACAUCCCAAGCGUCAGAAACUAGUGCUACAUCUGGUGUUUAUAGUAUGGACAACUCAUACGUGGAUUCUCCUCCGGGGAGAGUCAUGGAUGAAGGAAAGGCAGCACAGAAAACAAAUAGCUCAUUAGAUCAGAUGCCAUCAUUCCCAAACCAGAAUUCAGGCAUGGAUAGUAAAGAAUUUUCUAUAAAGCACAACCAAGUAACAGCUCAAAGAAGAGAACUGGAUCCUGCUGAUCCACAUUCGUGGCCCUUGCAAGUGCAACCAUCAAAGAUCAAAGACUAUUUGAUACAAAUCACACAGGAAGUGGAGAGUGUGGUGUCAGAAGAAAAAGAAAAUGCUUUGAAAAAAAAGGGGGAGCUACCAAUCAAGGGGACAGUACGAGCACGGAUCGAGCAGAUCACCGCAGUGCUGGAAGAGAGAAAUAAAAGGAUUUUCAGGAGGGCAAAUGAAAAAGAUUUGCCUUCAGGUGGCACCAGGAAGCCAAAAGAACAACCAAAAAUAUUCCCCAGGCAAGGCAUUUCUGUGUCUUUAAGACAUGUGGAAAGAGAUACAAGGGAUAAGAAUAAUAAGAAGGAAAUUAUACGCUAUAACCUCAAGCCUGUGCAGACAAACAUUUCAAAGUCGGGGGUGUCUACUUCCUAUAAAAAAGAUGAGAAGAAAAUGAGAAAAUCUGUUCUGCCGGAUGCUCUAAAUAAAACUUCAGAGAAACCAUCACCCAUUCUGUCGCCCCUUGCUAACAAAGCAAACAAGCUGGAUAAUAACUCCUAUUCACCUCUGACUCAAACAUCAGCAUCAGAACAUGCAGAACUUGCUCCACCCGGUGAUCAGGAUGCAGUGGAGAUUAAAGCAAAGCCACCUUUUCUCCCUGAUGUGGCCAGUGUCAUGUCAGAAAAGUCAUUCAGUUCUGUUGAGGAACCAGGGAAGCCAAUGUCAGAGCACCGUAUUCCAGGGGCCACAGGAGUUCCUUGUACCUCAGAUGCACCAGAGGGGCAAACAGCUCAACUGGACUCACCUAUUUCUGCUGGGCCUCUUUCUCACUCUGCUAAUGAAGAGGGGAACCAAGCUGAAUCAGCUCCAGUUGUGUCAUCAGAAUCUGCAGCUUGGGAUGUAAAGUAUCAAAAUGUUAGGCAGCCUGAAACUGUCCAGCACGAACAUGAGCCUUCUCUUCUGGCUGAAAAUGCAAGCCGAGAUAUUGAACUGCAUCCUUCAGAACUGGAGAGCAAAGGUUUGGCUUUGCUGUGUUCUACUGAAGAAACUGGAAAGCAAAUCAUUCCUUCUUAUUCACCUGCAGAGUCGUUGCCUGAAGAGGCAGAAGAUGCACCACAUUCUGUCACAGAAACAGAAAAGAAAGAAAGAAAGCAAUUGGAAGUAGAAUAUUUAAAGACGGAAGAUGCACAGAAACAACCAGGUGCAAUGCUACCAACAGAGCCAAAUCACCUUCCCGUGCCACCUUCAGCGGAAGAAUCAGUGACUAGGGAGGCUGAAAAAGUAUCUGCUUUCUCUUCCAUAGGUCUUAGCACAGAAAAACAGGAAUGCCUAAGUGGAGAAGAGCAUUUUAGACUUCCAGAGCUCUCAUGUCUUAUGGGUGAAGCUGAGAAAAAAGAACAAGUGGAAUUGAAUUUAGACAAGCAGGGCAUUCAGACACAAGCAUCGGCCACAGCGUUGCAGGAGCCAGAAUUUCAAGACGUAUCUUAUUCGAGAGAUAAAGAAGAGACUCAGACAGUACAACUAGAAUUUCAACAUCUAGACACAUCACUCCCUUUCCUCACUGCAGAGAGAAAAGUUCACCAAGAUUCUGAAUCAAUAAUACAGUCAGAAAAUGAACAGCCAGUUAUUUCUGAAGUCAGGAAGGUUGUGCAAGGAUCAGGAGACGUAGAACCAUCACAUCUCAGAGAUGUAGAAGUAAGUCCACACUUGUCUAUUGAGAAAAGCAAUGAGACUGCAGAACAACUACCGUCUGUUUCAUCUCUUCUCACUGACAUUGCAGAAAAGAAGGAAACUCAGUCACCUUCUCCAGCAGUACUUCAAUCAGAGCAGCCAAACUCUGUUGUAUCAUAUGUUACUGAACAAAUCGAGAAACAAGACAAUCUUCUAUGUACUCCUGAGAAAACAAUUUUGAUCUCAGAAGUGCCGCUUCCUACAGUGGCUGUCCAAAAUGCUGACAUGACAAAAUUAGACAUUCAGCCUGACUCAACCACAAAAACUUCAUCUAAAGAAUUAGUGUCUAUUUCAAGAGAGUCUGCUGCUGCUGCUGCUGCUGCUGAAGAGAAGACAAUCUGGCCUGAUUUGCCUCUGUCUGCUGAACCUCCUCCCAAAGCAUCUGUUCAGCUACACGAAGCAGCAGACUUAGAAAAUCAUAACCCUCCAUCUGUAAAAGCAAAUCUGUAUUCUGAAGAUCAGGAUGCCUCAUUGUCUCACAGUAGAGAUGACAGUCAGCAAGAAGUCCACCAUUUAUUUGGAACAGCACAGCUUGAGACGAAACAUUCAGUUACACCUGAAAUAAAAAAGCAAAAUACAAAUGAGUCCACGCAGUCCCAGCUGGAGAUGGAAGCAAUAGUUGCAUUAAGUUCUGCAGAUGAAGCAGAUACUAAAAUUAUGGAAAACUCCUUCACUGAACCUUCACAUCCAGAUUCACUGGAUGUUGUGCAUGUGCCAGAAAAGGAAGAGACAGUACAGGUGGAGACAGGACAAACUCCUCAACGGCUACCAUCCACAAGUCUACAAAAGGUGGAGUCAAAUGUAUCACAGUCAGUGGAAGAAACGGUGAUAAACGGAAUCCAGGUUUGUUUGCCUGCAACUGCAAAAGAUUCAUCUGAAUCAAUUUGUUCAACAGAACUACAAGAUAAUGGUGACUUUUCAACAGGACUAGCAGCCCCAGAUUCUGGAUUGUUAAAUAUACAAAACUCUACAGCUCAAGCAAUGGCACGUGACAUUACGGCAUCUAAAUCAGGCCAUGUGGCAAAGCAACCUAGACAGGCUGCAACUGCAGAAUUGGAGCCAGACUAUGUAUCAUCCAUGCCUGAAUCAAGAAUGCAUCUUGAUACAUCUUUCCCAGUGAUGAAUGCUGAGGAAGGAGACAGAGGUGUGACUCCAUGGUCAGACCAUGAAGGUCUAAUUUUAUCAGAAGCAGAGGGGAAAGUCACUGAGCAUGAUUCAGCCAUAACUCCAGCAUCUUCUGCUGCUCCAGAAUCACAAGAAAUUCAAAGCUGUUCAUCUAAUGAGGCAUCCGAAAAAUCUCAGAAGAUUUCAUCAUUAUCUCUAGGUGACACAAAGUCUCUAGAAAAUUCUGUGCCAGCUCCAGGGCAAUCAGAUUUUCUUUUGUCAGAUCAUAACAACAAACCACAGAAAGAAGAAAAUCAGUGCCUUUUGCCCCAGAAAUCAGAAUCAGUGCCGGAGGAGCAGCUGUCCCUUGCAGCCUUCCUCAUGGGUGAAUGUAGGGAACAGACCCUUCAUUUAUCUAGGGCUGUAAAAAUUGCACCUGAAGAAUCAAAGUUCAUUCCAGAAGAUGUAACUUCUGAAGCAGUAAAAGAAAUAGCUCCUUCUUUUUCACCUGUUCCUGAAGAACACAUUUCCAAAGAAACUUUUUCAUCAUUUGUUGUUGAUGGAGGGGAGGAACAGUCAAAUCAUCUGACUGCUGAGAAAGCAGAUGUACAAGAUGAUCAGUCUCAUUUAUUUGCCACUGCACAGUUUGAAAGAAGGAAUAAGGAUGUUGAGCUAUAUUGCCCUGUAACAGCACCGUCGGAACUAGAAGACAGGACAGCAUUGAAUACUACUGAAGAGAUAAGCAAGCAGGAGAUGCCUCAAAAUUUAUUUUCCGCUGUUCAACCAGCACCCACACGCCAGGGAUUAUUGCAUUGCACAGAAAAAAGAGAUAACCAAGAGAGCACACCUUUGGCAUCUCUACAGUCACCAGUCUUGCAAAAGGAGGCAGAACAUGUGGAUUUACUGCCACCAAUUAAAGAACAGAAGAUGGAAGUCAUUCAGCCUUAUUCAUCUGCAGCUGUUCAAGAUUUAUGUCAGCCUCUGGGCUACUUGCCUGACAAUGCAGAAGUGGAUUUUGGAGUUUCAAAGUCAUCAGAAUCUAUGGAUGAAGCAGAGAAAAAAGAAAUCCAGCCACCAAAGUAUGAAGCUGAAAAGUUAGAAUAUAAACAGCCAGCUUCAUCUCUUCUCACUGAGAUAGUGGGAAAGCAUGGGGUUUGCUCAUAUUCACCAGAAGCCUCCAUACCAGCAGUAUUGGGACAAGCAAACUUUGCUUUGAUGGAUUUUACUGAAGAAGCUAAAAAGCCAGAAGUCCAGCCUUGUUCUCCUGAAACCGUGGUGCCAGAAGAGCCCUUGUCCAUUGCUGCAUUCCUCCUUUCUGAGGCAAAAGAAAUGCAAACAUUUUUUCCAAAGACUGUGGAGAAAGAGAGCCUAGAUGUUCAACUUCCGUUUGAAGAACCCAAUUUGUUGAUAGAAGGAUCCACAAAUGGUUCAGCUUCGCCUUCUGAGAUUGAUGAAGCAAUUAAGAGGGAAAUCCAACCUUCUGCAACAUAUUUUGAAACAGAACAGCUUUCUCAUGAAUUUCAAGCAGAGGCUAUUGACCAAAAUAGAGAAAAUAUCUGUAAUAGCCCCACAAUAUCUAACUUAAUUUUGAAUGAGUCUUCUGAUACUGUCCUAUCAGAACAUAUGAGAGACACUCAGCUAGGGUCAGCAAACUCCGAUAAAACUAGCAAUAAGGCUAUUUUAAUUAGCAGUGAAACUGUUUCAGGAACAGAAGACAUAAAGAAUUUACCUCAUACAGACAUAACCUGGAAACAAACUGAAAACUACUUAGAAAAAGAGAAAGAAUUAAAAGACAAUGAAAAGCCAAGACAAAAAGCCAUAGCUACCCCUGAACUUGAUCAAGGUAAAAACGCAUCCAUGAAUUCUGAAUAUCAUGAGACAGUGAAUAUUCAUGUCCCUCCACCUGUUCCUGCCGUUGAUAAAGAAGAUAUGCACAUACCAGAGAAAGUAAAAUAUUUGGAAGCAGUUUCCUUCCCGAAAACCCAACCAUUUCAUCUUGUUGAAGAUUUGGUUGCUGACCAAAAACCCCUGAUGCAUAAAUUGGGUUCAAAAACUUCAGAGAGCCUAAAAAUAGACAACUUUGAAAAUAAAGAAAAUGAAUUAAAAGGACUUGUUAAAGAAAAAGAUGUCCAGGGUAGUAUAAAAAAUGAAAAGGAAAAAUUAACUAUUCCAGAAAACAAAAAUGAUGGAAUUGUAAAUGUCACUGGUUUGGAUAAUUUUGGAAAAGAUACCUUGACUGAUGACAGCUCCUUCACCCAAACAGGGAAAGAGCAGUCUGUUCAGGUAGUGCAGGGGCCAUUGAAAGAGACAAAGGAAAAUGCUGAGAAAUCCACACCUCCAGCUGCAAGCUUGGAAAAUAUUUUGGAGUUUUCUUUACUAGAAAGCAAAAUGGACGAAACUUUUCAUGGAGUGGAAAAGAAAGAAAAUGCAACAACUAUCCACCAAGAUAUCCCAAAGGUAUUAAAUAGAGACAAACAAGUUGAUGUUGUCAGGACAAAUGAUAAAAAUAAGGAGGAGAUAAACUUAGUAGGUGCAUUUUUAUUUCACGCAGAAAAUGAUACGUUAUCCCAAACUCCAUUAAUUCCCUUGCCAGAUGAGACAGUUAACCCUGAGCUGAUAGCAGGGCAGCCUGCUCUGGCAUCUUGGAACAGGGAUCUGUGUGAAAAAGAAGAGAUGGAAUCCGAAGAAGAUAGUUAUAAACAUCUAUCUGAUGAAAACAUUAAGGAUACUGAUGUGCCUUUGCAUGGAGAACAUGGUGCCCCAGAUGAUGAAAUUACAGUUUUCUUUCAAAGAGGCAGUCCUAAACAUGGUAGUCCAAAUAACUUGGAGGAUUCUAAAAGGGAACAAGUUCUGAAGCACCAGAAUGUUACUGAUGAGCCACCAGUCUUGCAAGAUGCAUAUGAAUCAAAUGAAAAGGAAUGUGAGUCUGUUUAUAUUCCAUCUAAAGUAACUGAAAUGGUUAAUGAUGCAUUGAUAGAUGAGCCAGCAGAAAUCAUAAGUGAUGUAAAAGUUCAGAUUUGUCUACCAACACAUGCAAUACCCUUUGGAAGCAGGUUCUAUCAUUCAGGUGCAACCAGUGAUGAUGGCAGUCAGAACAGAGUAGAAGAAUCCUCAUCUUCUGAAACAAGUCAGAUGUUGCCAGAGGAAACAAGCGAUGAAGAGUCUUGUCCAAUACUGGAUUAUGCAGCAACUGUUUAUCAAAAGGAAUCAUCAGUGCAAGAUGAAUCAACUUGUCUUGUAACUGACCAAACACAACAAUCUGAAAUAACAGAAGUUGAUAAAGUAGAUAAUGAUGUGGCAAGGGAACCUUUGGAAGAAGGUGCUCUGUUUCCGGAAACAUUCCACCAUGAGGGACAAUUAGAACAACAUUCUGUUGAAGGCCCUGAGCCUGUGGCGCAGGGUGUGUACGCUUUAGACCAUGAACAUCUUCCAUCUUGGGAUUUUGAGGGUCAAACAUAUGAAAAAAGAGUUAAUGAAAAUAUUUCCAGUGAUCUAGUUAAGCUCAACAGAGAUGAUACAAACCAACAACUUUCAGCAUCUGAGGCAAAAUCUGACAAAGUGUUUGGGGAACUUGACUUCUCUCUUUUGUCACACGAUUUUGAAUCAUAUUCAUUAUACCCAAUAAAAGAAGAAGAAUACAGUGAUGAUGAAGAUCUAGCUGAGCUCAUGGGAUAUGAAACAGUGACACGAGAUGAUGUUUUUCAAGAAGAAACAGUCUCAGAGCUAGCUUGCGAAGAGCUACUAUUUGAUGACAGGAAAUCUUUAGAUCGCAUUAGUGAUGGCUAUGAAUUUAUAAAUGAAAAAGAAGCCAGUACAUAUACAGAAGAAGGGGAGUUGAUGGGUCUUGAGAAACUCCCAGAGAAAGUUCCAGAAAGCGAGGUUCCACAGAGAGAAACAGAACUGGCACAAUUAGAUACUUAUUGCUCUGAGUGCAAGUGUCUCAUAUCAGCAAAUGACAAGCUUUGGGGAGAGCAUAAAGACCACAGUGUGGCAAACCUGGACACAGGUGUGAUUGAGUUAAAGGGUCAGUUGGAUGGAUUCCUAGAUAUUUUACAAGAAAGGUCUUUGAAGAUUGAAGGCUACGUCAGUGAAAUAGAGGCCCUUUUCAAUACCCUUGAGGAUAACUGCAAGGGAAAGGAACAGCUUUUGGAAGAACAACAUGAAAACAUUGUCAAAACUGUACUAGGACAUCAUGAUCAAAAGGCGCAGAGGUUUGAAGAAAUAAAGAACACAAAAAUGGAGUACCUCUAUGAACAGAUGGUUACUUUUCAAGAAUAUAUUGAUACAGCAAAAGAAAACUUGGAGACUAUUGUAAAGGAAACUGAAGAAAUGGAUGAUUUUGUUUUCCUAAGGUCAUCAGAGGAAAUAAACAAAAGGCUACUUUCUGCUGUGGAGGAUAUUCAGACUCUGGAAAAAAUUCCCACUGCGUUUUCGCAUUUUGAACAUUUUGCAGGCAACUCAGCAAGUGGCAACUGGGCCUUAGAGCACAUGUCUGUUCCACAGACCCCCAAAUUGCAACCUCAGGAACCAAACUCAGCAACAAGCACCUCAAUUGCCGUUUACUGGACUGUGAGUGAAGAUGAUGUCAUUGAUUUCUUCCAAGUCUAUUGUAUGGAGGAACACCAAGGAAGGCAAGAACAAAGUGGGUUAGUAGAAGAAUAUCGUGUUACUGUGAAGGAGAGCAACUGCAUUUUGGAAGACUUGGAACCUGGCCAUUCCUAUAAUGUGUGGAUUAUGGCUGUAAACUACGCAGGAUGUAGCUUUCCCAGUGAGAAAUCCACAUUUAGAACUGCUCCCCCAACCCCUGUAAUGAAGGCUGAAGACUGCACUGUGUGCUGGGAUACUGCCACCAUUCGCUGGUGCACCGGCCAUUCAGAAGCAACAGACUCUUUCACACUCGAGUACUGCAGGCAAUAUUCUCCAGAAGGUGAAGGCCUCAGGUCUCUGGCUGGAAUUAAAAGAACUGAACUGAAAGUGAAUCUAGAACCAAAUAUAAAUUAUUUCUUCUAUGUGAGAGCUGUUAAUGUCUUUGGGAUGAGCGAACAGAGCGAAGCGGCCCUCGUCUCGACAAAAGGAACUAGAUUUCACAUCAUGAAAGAAACAGCUCACCCGGCAUUGCAAGUGUCUCCAAGUGGAACUAUAAUAUGCCUUCCCAAAGAAACUCAAACCAUUGGAAUCUCACCGGUUUUGGGAGAGCUUUUGUCUUCUCGAGGAUGGCAUUACUGGGAAGUAACUGUGACUGGCUCUGAGACUUACAAGAUUGGGAUCUGCUACUCCGGUGUUCCACCUGACAGUACCCUGGGGCAGAACAAUUCUUCCUGGUGCUUGUAUUGUUCUAGCAAAACCAGUCUCAUCUAUACAGUUCUCCACAACAGCAAGAUGAGUGACGUUAUUGUGACAGAACAUCCUGCCCGGAUUGGCAUUCUGCUGGACUAUAACACUGGAAGACUUUUAUUUUUCAAUGCAGAACGAGGACAAUGCCUCUUUGCCAUCAGGCAGAAGUUCACUGCUUCAGCACACCCUGUCUUUGGUUUGGAACAGCCAGGAAUCCUUCAACUGCACACAGGCAUGGAGCUUCCAGAAUUUGUGAAGAAUAGCUAAAAGUUUUCUUUCUGUCUACCUGCAAGACAAACCAUAAGAAUUUCAUUUUUAAAAAGGCUUAGGAUGAUCUUUUUCACCUCUUUAAUAUAUACGGUGGUAGAACAAGACUGCUUUGAUAUGCAGGUUCUAUUCUACCCUGCCCUCUCCCAGGGGUUCCCAACUCCUCCUGGAGAGGCUUCUGCCCCACCUCUCAAUAGGGCUACUGCUACACCACCUGACCUUUGUAGAAAUUUCCCACUGAGGAUGGUCAGGACCCCGCCCCACGCUUCCUUUUCAACUUGCCUCUAUGUCUUCUGCUUCCCCCUUUCUGGGCACCACAGAGAUAAUUUACUGCCUAGUACACCCUGGAGGAAUAGCUGCUUUCCAACUGCCAGCCUUCCACCCUCCUGGCACCUUCUUCAUAAAAUAGCGUUUCCAAGACAGCGGAAGUCUGUAAUACAGAGAACUGCUACCAGGAUCCAACCUAUUUGAUGGUCCCAGCCAGUAGAGCUCCCAAGAGUCUUAUCAGUUCCCAGUCCCCACCCCUUGACCUGGUCAGUCUGGAUCAAGGAAGCUUUUUCUGCUAGGUAUUCUCAUCCUGAGGUCAUUCUAUCCUUUUGAGACCUCCUAAUCUGUAAUACCUGCUUGGAGAAACGGGGUGGGGGGGUGGGGGGGAGAGAGACUUAACCCAUCCCAUUGUCUCUCGCUACCUGUAUUGGCAUUUCUAAGAAGGUGGCUGGGUGAGGUGGCUGAAGCCUCCUGCCCCAGGGGGUGGGGGGAAAUGCAUAAACAUUCCCUUCAAACCUCAAGGGAAGGGGAACCAUUUCUUCACAUAUGCUAUCCACAAGAAGCUUAAUGACCUAAUGGGCCUGCACCAUCUUUCCCCCUUCUAAGAGCAGCUUCCUUGCUGCAGAACCUUCCAGAAUGUUUUUAAAUGGGAGGAUGCUUUAGAAGCAAUUUGCAGCACAUGUCAAAGAAGCUCCCCUUGACAAUGAUAAUUAAGAAAAGACCUGCAGAUCCCAACCGAUGGUCCAGCUAAGCAGCAGUCUGUUUUCCACAAGAACCUACCAGGUGUUGUUAUCCAAACCAGUUGCCAUGUCAUGAAGAGCACCCCCUUAACAUGAAGAACUAGAACAGGAGUACAUGGUAAAUGGGGAGACCUUGAAGUUUGUUUCUAUACUGCUCCCAGUUUGACACAGUGAAGCUUCCAGUGAGGGAAAGGUGGAAGUGAGACAGGUAUUUAACCAGAAAGUGUUAUUAUCCUCAACAAAAUACACACUGGAAAAUGAGAAAUCAGUACAAAAGAACAGACAAGCAAGUGAUUACAUCACAGACACCAAUAAAACUCACUUUGCACAAA